GUUUUUGACAGGUUUUUAACGAGUCGAUAACUUGGGGUUGAUAUUGGGGUGUCAAAAACUCGUCAAAAACUAAUAUAUAUAUGUAUAUGAUCCCGGGAACAUAGCCUAUCGAAUUCUCCAUCUGAACAUCCGAAAUCACCGAAAAAUUGUUAAGAUAUGACCGACGAUCUGUCAACUUGAUGAGCUUCUUCGAGGACAUUGGGCGCAACAACGCACAGUUGAGCCACCUCCGAACGGCACUCGCACAACUUCCACAUAGUAUCCCCCUCGGAAACUCCAAAUAUAAUUUUGAGCACUAUGCUACGAUCAAAUUGUCGCUUAUGCCAAGGGAGCCUGGCCAUUCAACCGCACGUUUACGGACAAGGCAAAUGUGGUGAAGUAUUGGCGUGAUUUCUUAGACCAUGACAAUGCAGAUGUUCUCGCGGUAUUCGCAGUGAAAAUUUUCGAUGGCGGACGAGCGUACAGCGUCAACGAUGAAUUGGUUGAACUCCGCGUUACGAAGCUCCCUCAAAAGUUCUACCAUUGUCAGUCAGGUUCAAGUUCGGCAGUGGGCUUUGAUAGAUCCUGAUGGACUUACUAUCAGAGAAGCCGGUGGAAGGGGCAAGUAGGACACCUCAACUACAGGAUAGCACAGUUCCAACGCCUCCGGGAGGGCCUGUACAGUGGGUAUUUGCAUUACCGUAGCGAAAAA